AAAAUUUGUAGUCUUAAAAUGAGCUAAAUUAAUAGGAUAUAUUAUAGAAGUUGAGAAUUCUUGCUGCCCGGCAGGCACAGGCCACAACUACAGUGGGGCAACGUUUACGAAAUUGUGCUAAAAUAAAAAAGAGCGAGCUAAAAUGUUCUGCACUGAAAGUUGUGAGCACUGUAUUAAUGCGACCUCAUCUGGUCGCAUUUUGGACUUACGAAAGUCGUCUGCACAGGUGCAGCAGGAAUCAGCUCAGAUGGGGCAACAGCAGCAACAACAGCAGCAGCAACAGCAGCAGCAACAACAGCAGCAAUUGUUAACACAACAGCCGUGUUGCAACAUGUAUUACGGUCCAAUGCCACCAGCAGAUUUGUGGUUGCAGAAUUGUGAGUCGGAGACACCGCGAGUGGGCAUGUGCUUUGUAACCGAGGGACCAGAGGGUUUAAGCAUCGACUGUAAUGUGCCCAUACCGAACUCUUUUAAUUUGGAUGAGUAUAAGAGUCAGAUGCUAUCAUUCUUUGCAUCGCCUGGUAACAACAAUGGCAUGCCACGUAAUGACUGCAUGCCAUGUUGCAUGCCCCAGCCUCAGCCACAGUCAGCAGCUUCUGCUGAAAACUCCUGCCUUGAUGAGCAUUUGUUAAAGUCCAACAAACAAGCAAAGUUUGAACGAAGCCGUAGAAAAUCUGCGCAACAGCAACAACCAACAUCCUCUGAGUGCAAUUUUUAUCCGACAGCUUAUCAACCUUCGCCGGAUAUAAAUUCACAAAUGAAUAUAGCUCCUGCAGUGAAUGUUAUGGCGGAUAAUCAGUUGUUGGCUUACUUAAGUGGCUUAAUUGCUCCCAUGCAGGCGGCAGCAACCACACCCUAUCAAAAUUUGCAAACAGCGCCGUCAUGCUGUCUUAUUGAAGUUCACAGUUUUAUGCCACUGCAGCAACAGCAACAGCAGCAGCAACAACAGCAGCAACAACAGCAGCAACAGUUUCAGCAACAGCAACAGUUUCAGCAACAGCAACAGUUUCAAUCACAGCUGUCACAACAGCAACAACAGCAGCAACAACAGCAACAACAACAACAGCAGCAACAUCAGUCAACAUUUGCUCCUCAUUCUCAGCCAUUAUUGCGAUUUGAAUUGCCCUGCAUGCUCACGGGAUUCAGAUCUUCACAGGCCUGCCCAGAGUUGCAGUUACAGUCACAGCCGCCUUUUGCCCUACAGCUGUUGUCAUUGCCCGGUGCCAUAUCUAUGCCUUGUAUUCCACAAUCAACAAUAUCCCCAGCAACAUCACUAUCUUCAAAGUGUUCGUCUACUUCAACUCCAAAGCCGCCAAUGCCGACGCCUCCACCUCCGCCUCCACCUCCGCCGCAAUCGUCGUGUAAGAUUCCUUGUACGAUUCCAGCAACUGGGCCUAAAAAACCAAUUCUGGUCAAUAAGAAGGCGGCUUCUCGCAACAAUAUAGAGACGCAAUACUCUUAUGCACGUAGGACUCCCAACUCAACGGAUAAUAUCAAUGGAAAUUGGAAUCGAAAUGGCAAUGGAACUGGCAAUGGAAAUGGCAAUUGCUUCAUGACCCAAGGUUGGCACUGUCCCUGCUGCUCUCAUUACUGUUGCCAUCCAUCAAUGCGUCUGAGUGCCGAUCAGCAUCAGCGAAGAUAAUAUAUAAUGUAAAAUAAAUACAAUGAAACUGAAUUUUUUAAAUAUAGUCAAAAUGGAAUCAAUAAUAA